UACAGGUGCUUGUUUUCAUGCAACAUGAACGGCUCUAAUAUUUCAACUGUAAAUGACACUUUUCUUUCAAAUACGAGUUUAACUGCCCCUAUCCCUUCGAAGAUGAAGGCAUCGUUUGGGUUGAUAGCAACUCUCUCGUUCGUUGGCAAUCUUUUUCUAUGUAUUGUCAUGGUUCGUAAAAGGUCUAUGCUCAAGAAGGCCUAUAAUGUCCUCAUCUUCAAUCUUGCUGUUGCAGAUAUGCUAACAGGAAUAUUCAUUGUCGCCACACCUGAUUACGUCAUCGACCGUCGUUCCUUCCCAUACCCAGAUGGCCUUGCGGGCAACAUUUACUGUCACAUGAUUGGUUCCACGUACAUUCUCUUCAUCUUCAGCAAGGCGUCUACAUUGACUAUCAUGUUCUUGGCCAUAGAUCGAUGGUUUUCAAUCGUCCAACCAAUCAAGUACAAGACGACAUUCAGUAGAAGACGUCUAUACUACUACAUCACUAUAAUUUGGAUCAUAAGCUGCAUCACUCAAAUCAAUGAACUUUUUAUAACAUUCGUUGAUGAGAAAAAUCAUUGCACUUUCCGGGAUCCUUUCUACGGCGUCAAGUUCGAGCGAAUCCUCAUUCUCGUCCACGUGACCUUAACAUUCUACAUUCCAAGCAUAAUUACGUGUUGUUCAUUCGYGCAUAUUAAAUACCACAUGCACAAGCCUCAAUUCAGAAGAAGUAUCAAUAACGUCAAGGCGACGGAGAGGCUACUGCGCAUGUGCGCACUUGCAGCUUUGUUCCUAUCAAUCUGUUGGCUUCCUACAGAAACGUAUUUUAUAACCUACAAGUUUAAAGUCGCGAAGUUGUCGUUAAAUAUAUCGUUAUUUUUUAGCGUCCUCGCGAUGUUUAACUCGUGUGUAAAUCCUUGGAUUUACUGCCUGAGUAACAAGGAGUAUCGUAAAGAAUUCGUUAACUUGCUCUGCUGCAUUCGAUCCAACUCCAUCGGGCUGACUGAGCUUAUUGCAAAAGUAUCAUCGUCUAAGAGUCAAUAUUCCUUCACCAACGUGAUGKCUUUGYCGAUGGAUAACCAAACGAGCCUCAACACAGAACGUUCAAUUAUUAUUGAAAUGAGAGCCAUGUCGAAUCCUGAAUCGAUGUUUCGACAUCUGACGCCCAACAGUGCCACUCUGAAGCGAUAUUCAAGCAAUGAUUUGGURACUGGCGUCUCAGCCAAUGGGAAGACGCCUAACCACGUGGACAAUAACAAAGAAUUGAUGGCCGACGGCCAUUUUGGAUAAAUUCCUUUUUUAAAUCAUUACCAUCAAGCGUGGAGGCCAAAGCAGUGCCUUUUUUGAAGAAUACUUUUUGUCGACUAUGUCACGUGACCGGAAGCUAAGGUUCC